AAUAUCUAAUACUUCAAAAAAUAUGUUCUUCUCCAUUCAGACUGGUUUAUAACCCUAAUUUUUUCAUUCGCCGAGACCGCUAAAGCUGAGAUGUUCACGAGAGGGACGAAGCGAGCAGCCAUAUCCGAAUCCGCUCAAUUCUCGGAGAGCAAGAGAGUAACAAUGGGUUCGCCGCUUGAUGCGCUCAAGCCGGAUCAAUCGAGCCCCCAGCUGCCGUUGGAUGCAAAGAGGGCUGAAUCAUCAAAACAGCAUGUGAGAGCUCUCAACACCCAGUUUGCAAGUUGGGUGCAAGCUCAGCUAAAAAACCAUCCAGAUGAGCUUUGGGAAGAUGGAGCUCAGGACUACUUAAAUCAUGCUAAAAGCAUCAUGGACAAAUUUACUGAUGUUGUUAACUGGCUGAAAGCAAAUGCUGCAAAAGGAGAGAGUCCAGGCGAGCUUCGGUGUAAUGAUGCUCAAACGAAACCCACAUCAGAUGUUGAAAAGAGCAGUCCUAAGUUAGUUUUGGGCAAACCGGGAUUCCCUUCAUUUUCUUCAGCUUUGUCACCAAGUUCUGGUAGUUGGAAUUUUGGGAAUGACGCUCAAUCUAAACCUGCAUCUGGAAUUGAUAAAAGUAGUCAAAGCCUAGUUUGGGCCAAACCCGGGAUUCCUGAAUCUUCUGUAGCUACGACACCAAGCCUUGGAAUCUCGCCUCCUGCAGAUGCCUUUAAUAAAAAUUCCUCUUUCUCGUUUGGAGGUGCUUCUAAACCUGCAUCUGGAAUUGAUAAAAAUGGUCAAAACCUAUUUUCGGGCAAACCUGGGAAUCCUGAAUCUUCUGUAGCUACAACACCAAGCUUCGGAAAUUGGCCUCCUGGAAAUGCCUUUAAUAAAAAUUCCCCUUUCUCGUUUGGAGGAAAUCAGUUGGCCACUGGAAAUUCACAUGCAGUUCCACUAAGUAACGCAACUUCUGGUGAGGCUGAUGGGGAUGAGGAUGUUGAACAGCCUAGCAGUCCAUCUGUAAAGAAAAGCCAAGAGGAAGGAAUUGUUCUCGUGCAUGAAGUAAAAUGCAAACUUUAUGUUAAGUCAAGUGAUCCAGAAGACAAAGGUGACUGGAAAGAUAAAGGCGUGGGUCAACUUAAUAUCAAAUGCAAAGAAGGCAUUAGUAAGGGCACCAAGGAAUCCAAACCGGUCAUUGUUAUUCGUAAUGAUGUGGGAAAGCUGCUGCUAAAUGCUUCUUUAUACCCGGGCAUCAAAACAAGCAAGCAAAAAAAUUCAGUAGUAGCAAUAUUUCAUACUAAGGCUGAUGAUGAUAACAAUGAUGCUGUCAUUGCACGGACCUUUCUGAUGAGAACGAAGACAGAGGAGGACAGGGAUAAACUUGCAGCUGCAAUUCAGGAAUAUGCUCCUGCAGGCUGAGAUUCGGAGAAAUGCCAGGAAAACAUUGUGUGUUGUACAUCUAGCUGAAGAUCACCAUUCUGCGUAAAUGUGGUACAACGGUGAUGGUCCGUAUUUAAAAGAUGUGUAAAACUAGAGGAUUCCCCAAAAUGCUGAAGGCCGUAAACGCCCUACAGAUGAUCGAUUGGGUUGCUUGCACUCUGGAUAGCAUCGAAAGCGGUCAAUUCCCGACGAUGCUACCGAGUUAACAUCCAAACCUAAAGACUUUUAAAGGGCGUAUAGACUUUUACUCCGGAGAGAGGUGUAUUUCCAUUGUAGCUACAUUGUUUGCUUAAGCUUUGAAUUGGGAUUGUGUAUCAUCAUGUAUUAGCUUUUACGACUCUUUUGUAAUGAUAAAGUGCCAAUUGGUAAUUUU